UUUUUUUUUUUUUUUCCGGGCGGCCCCGGCGGCUGCGUACUGGUUGUGGGAUGGGAAGUGAAGCCCCAGCGAGCGGCUGCGGCGGGGCUGUGAGAAGCGGCCAAGGAGAGGCGGCGGCGGCGGCAGUGAGUCGGUGAGCAGCUGGGAAGAGCGGAGCACCUGCAGGCACGGGCGGCGGCCCCACCAUGGCGAUCCGCAAGAAGAGCUCCAAGAGCCCCCCGGUCCUGAGCCACGAAUUCAUCCUGCAGAAUCACGCGGACAUCGUCUCUUGUGUGGCGAUGGUCUUCCUGCUGGGGCUCAUGUUCGAGAUAACAGCAAAGGCUUCUAUUAUUUUUGUUACUCUUCAGUACAAUGUGACCCUCCCUGCAACAGAAGAACAAGCUGCUGAAUCAGCAUCCCUUUAUUACUAUGGUAUCAAAGAUUUGGCUACAGUUUUCUUCUACAUGCUAGUGGCGAUAAUUAUUCAUGCCAUAAUUCAAGAGUAUGUGUUGGAUAAAAUUAACAGGCGAAUGCACUUCUCCAAAACGAAACACAGCAAGUUUAAUGAAUCUGGUCAACUUAGUGCAUUCUACCUUUUUGCUUGUGUUUGGGGCACAUUCAUUCUGAUCUCUGAAAACUACAUCUCAGACCCAACUAUCUUGUGGAGGGCUUAUCCUCAUAACCUGAUGACGGCAUUUUUUCACUUUCUUAUGUUGUACAGAUUUCAAAUGAAGUUUUUCUACAUAUCACAGUUGGCUUACUGGUUUCAUGCUUUUCCUGAACUCUACUUCCAGAAAACCAAAAAAGAAGAUGUUCCUCGUCAGCUUGUCUACAUUGGCCUUUACCUCUUUCACAUUGCUGGAGCUUAUCUUUUGAACUUGAAUCAUCUCGGACUUGUUCUUCUGGUGCUGCAUUAUUUUGUUGAAUUUCUUUUUCACAUUUCCCGCCUGUUUUAUUUUAGUGAUGAAAAGUAUCAGAAAGGAUUUUCUCUGUGGGCAGUUCUUUUUGUUUUGGGAAGACUUCUGACUUUAAUUCUCUCAGUGCUCACUGUUGGCUUUGGCCUUGCAAGAGCAGAGAAUCAGAAGCUGGAUUUCAGCACUGGGAACUUCAAUGUGUUGGCUGUUAGGAUCGCUGUUCUGGCAUCCAUUUGCAUCACUCAGGCAUUCAUGAUGUGGAAGUUCAUUAAUUUUCAGCUUCGGCGCUGGAGGGAGCAUUCUACUUUCCAGGCCCCGGUUGUGAAGAAGAAACCAACAGUUACUAAGGGCAGGUCUUCUAGAAAAGGAACAGAAAAUGGUGUAAAUGGAACAGUUACUUCAAAUGGAGCAGACUCUCCCCGUAAUAGAAAAGAGAAAUCUUCAUAAUGAAUUAUAAACUAAUGGAUUAAUGUCCCCAAAGAAAUCUGCUUUUUUCUAUAUCUUUCAGCACUAGAGAUUUUUCUGUUCUUUGAAAAUACAGUUUGUGCUCUUUGA